CAUGCAUGACUCCAUGGAUGUACGAAGCUAGUACUAGCUUGCAAGCUAAUUAAGCUACACUUCUUCCUACCAACACGUAUGCAUCCAUGGCGAUCUCCUCCUUCCACCUCUCUCCUCACACACCAAGCUUCGAAUCAACCAAACGUUCCAUCCGUCACCUACGUCGUAUAUAUACACGGCGCAUCAUGACACCCUUCUCAUCUCAUCUCUCACCUCUCGAUCAUCACAGAGCCACCACCAUCCAUCCACAGAGCUAGCUAGCAUCUCACUCGCAGGCCAUCACGAUUCCUUCCCUACGCUUCCUCAUGGCCGCCACCGGCACCAGCCAGCAGCAGCCGGCGGCGGCGUCGGUGGACCCCAAGUUCGAGUGGGCGGAGAAGGCCGGCACCUACGUGCUCCGCCUCACACUGACGGGCUUCAAGAAGGAGGACUUCCGGGUGCAGGUGGACGGUGCCGGGAGGCUCACCGUGCGCGGCACCAGGCCGGGCGCCUCCCUCCACAAGGUCUUCCAGCUGCCCGCAACCGCCAGCCUCGACGACAUCGCCGGCCGCUUCGAGGCCGGCGUGCUCACGCUCACCGUGCCCAAGCGCGCCGGCACGGCCCCACCGACGAGCAUCGAGGAAGUCAAGAAGAGUAAACCUGCUGCCGCCAAGGAGGAGAACGCCAAGCCGACGCCACCCGCACAGGUCGACGGCGCCAAGAGCAUGCCCGCCAAGCCGACGCCACCCACAGAGGUCGACGGCGACAAGAAGAUGCCCAGGGAGGAGGGUGCUGCCAAGCUGACGCCACAAGCGGAGGUCGAUGGCGCCAAGAAGAUGUCCAAGGAGGAGGGUGCCGCCAAGCCACCGCCGCCGCCAGCCUCCCACCAGCUGCCAUCCAAGGACGGCGGGGCUGGAAAGAAGGAGACCAAGGGCGCCAAGCAGCCGGCUGCCAGGGACGACGGCGGCGAGAAGAAGGAAGCCGUCGUUGGCACUGAGCCCAAGGAGAGCACGCUCGGCAGGACGACACGUCAGGUCGCGGAGCAUGUUCACCGCAUGGAGGAGGAGAGCAGACGCAAGCAAAUUGAGCAUAAGCCGGCGCCGGCGGCGAAGAAGGAAGAAGACGUGAAGCCCAAGGCACCCCAGCCAGCAGCAGCCACGGCGACACCGGAGAAGCCAGCGCCGAAGGCAGAGGUUGCCAACGGCGAGAAGGCCAAGGCGGCGGUUGAUCCGGAGAGCCUGGUGGAGACGACGAGGCGGCGCGGCAAGGAAGAGAGGGCCAAGGCUGCUGCCGCGGCGACGGCCAUAGAAGGAAAAGCGGAAAAGGCGAAGAAGGCGGUGGCGUCGACAUGCACGGCCUGGAAGGAGCGCAUCGCCGGGGAGCUCAAGGGGCUGACGGACAUGAAGUGGGCGGACAACGCGGUGGAGACGGCGAGGAAGAACAAGGAGGUGGUCGCCAUCGGCGUCGCCGCCUUCUCCAUCGGCUUCCUCGUCUCCCAGAAGCUCUUCAGGAAGUGAGCAACAAUGCAUAUGUAACAUGCACGGACAGUGGGUAAAUAUGUACUGAACACAAGGAACAUGUAAAAGAUAUGUGUGCAAGUAAAGUGUGUACAUAGAGACAACCAAAGCUGGCUGAAGAUUGAUGUGCAAGAUAUACCUUCAGUUAUUUUCAAAAUAAAAUAAAAUGAAAAACACCUUCAGUUU